AUAUUUUAUGAUUAAUUAAAAUGUUUAUAUUGAGUGUUCUGGCAUCUAAUUUUAUAGUAUUGCUAUUCUGUAGAGCAUUCUUUACAAACGGACCACACCAUUUCUACGGAAACAAAAUUCAAUCCGAAAACCUUCCAAGUUAAAUCUUCAAUAUUGCUUAUUGGAACAAAAAGUAGAAACAUAGAGCGGUUUAAAAACUCGCUGCUUGGGAAGACAAUUCCUACAACACUUACUUCAAGGAAAUGGAGUGUGUUUAAAAAGAAAACAAAAAGUGUGCACGAAUCGAGCGAGAAUAUAUCGCAUACGCCUGAAAUGCAAGACAAUUAUGAAAAGAAAAGAGGGAAAGCCAGCAAAGAAAGAAAUGGAAACAAAGGAAGUAGUAAUAUACACCUUUGCUACUCUAAUCGCAAUGACAGAGUGUUUAAAUUAGUAGGUCGUGUCCUGUGUAUGAUGACAGGGAAGUUGAUAAGUUUAAAGACGAAAUGAAAUCCUGUCUUGUUCUCUGUCGUGAGGGCUACAAUGCUGUCGUUGUGGUAUAUACAUCAGAUAAAGAAAAAGAGGCCACUUCUUUGAUUGAUAUUUUGCGUGAAAAUUUUGCUUUCAAUAUGAACAAUAUAAUUCUCAUUAAAACGAAAUACGUUCAUUGUAGAGAACAUAAACCACUUAGUAAUUCUACAAGUAAUGUUGCACAAAUGCAAGAUGAUUGUAUUGAAGCAGAAAGCACUGUUGAUUUUAGAGGAACAAAGGCUGAUCUUAAAUUUAAAGAUUUAUUUACAAAUAGGUACAUUGGACUUCAACUCCCUGCCACCGAGGAUAAUAUUAAUCAUAUUUUUAGGUUUAUUGAUGAAAUGGGCAAAGCAAACUCAGUUUCAUUAUUUAUAAAAUAUGAUAGAACAUUAACAUCCAACACUAUUUUAGAGACUGUGCUAAGAGAAUUAUCACUCUUGAUGGAAACUAUUACAAAAAGAAAAAAUAAACAUCAAAGAGAAACCGAACAAAGAUUCAAACUAUUACAGGAAACGUGGGAAAAAUUUGUUAAUUAUAAUGUCGACAAUGUAUGUGAAUCUGACAAUAACGUGUUGAUAGAGGAGGAUGAAUUAGAGGAUAUGGAAGACGAACGUGAAGAAACAGGUAGAGAGUUUAAUAAAGAGGCUUUGAGACAAAAGCAAGAAGUAUGUGAAGACGUGACGUAUCUGAUUAAAUGUUUGCAUAACGUUUAUUUUGCUGCACAACAAAUAGAGAGAAAUGAAAAAAUCCUGCUGCCUCAUGUCAUGAAAAUCUUUCAAAAUUUUCACGACUGGUAUGUGGAGAGUAUAAUUAGUAAAAAGGAUACAGUCCUUGAUAGUAAUUAUAAGAUGAGACUUUUUCAGAAAAUUGAAAAAAGACGACAUAAAACAAUUUAGAGACAAAGAAUGAAGCAAAAUGCCAAAAGAGUAUAGUUAAGAUUUAAGGCUGUUCUUUUAACAGUAAUAGGUUAAUUUAUUUGUACGAUUUACUUAAUUUAUUUUGUAGAAAUUGUCUCAUUGUUUGUAAGACAACAUUUGACUAUACUUUUACUUCUCCCCUUAACAUGUCUCUAAAUUGCAAUAUAAUCCACUUUGCAACAAAAAUUGCAAUACGAUUUAUACAAUAAACAUUUAUUAUCCUCCAUACAAUGCAUACUAAUACUGUGUCCAGGCCAUUUGUACAAUUUGGAUAUUGUAGUCCUUAUUCAAGACAUUUUUGCACUGCCGAGCUAUCCCAAAAAGUGUCCCACUGUAAAUAUUUUUUUUUCUUCUUUAUUGUGUAAUAAAGAAGACCCUAGGUCGAAACGAUUAUUGUACAUUGGUUUUAGCGUGUGAAGUUACUAUCUCUUUGUUUAUUACUACUUAUUACAUUACAAUGUAGUCCCGAUCUUACAUACUCGACCAUUUUGAUUUAUCUCGAUUCGGUGUUUGAAUAGUUUUCUACUUAAUAGAUUUUGUUUUCAGUUGCAGAUUAUUUCUGUAAACACAAUUAUGUUUUUAAAGUAAAUAAAAAACAGUGAUCUCAUAUAAACUUUCAGGUGUAUUUUCUUUAACAUUAAGACUGAU